AUGGCACUGCAGAAACUCUUCCACAUCUCAGUUUUCCUGCUAGUAUGCGCAGCCAAGGCAAUCAACCCUGAAGCUGAAGCACUACUCCGAUGGAAGUCCACUUUGAUUGGUGCCAACCCGUUGCCCUCGUGGUCAAUUGCCAACUCUACGUGCUCUUGGUCUGGCGUCACCUGUGACGCUGCCGGACAUGUUACCAAGCUCCACCUUUCCGGCUUUGGGCUCCAUGGUACGCUACACGCCUUCUACUCUGCUGCGUACCAGAAUCUCAUCAAGAUCAAACUCAACAGCAAUAAUCUUGUUGGCACCAUCCCAGCAAACAUAUCCCUUUUGCCCACGCUCACCAUUUUGGACUUGAGCAACAACAAUCUUGUCGGUGCCAUCCCCUACCAACUCAGCAAGCUACCAAUAAUUGCUGAGGUUAAUCUGGGAAAUAACCAAUUGACUAACCUAGAAUAUGACAAGUUCUCGCCUAUGUUCAGCCUGAAGCUAUUAUCUCUAGCUAACAAUGAUCUCAGUGGAACCUUCCCACAAUUUAUCCUCAACUACACCAAUGUGAGGAUGCAAUUCCUUGAUUUGUCAGGUAAUGACUUCUCAGGGCUGUUACCAGAUUCACUGCCGGAAAUGGUCCCAAGGUUGAGGUAUCUAGAUCUGUCAGCUAAUGGAUUCUCUAGCUUGAUACCUCGCUCACUCUCGAGGCUCCAGAAGCUUGAGCUUCAGUUACUAGAGCAACUCAAUAUCAGAAAUGCUGGUUUGGUUUCUACUCUUCGACCCGAGCUGGGGAACCUUACUAAUCUCGAGCACUUGGACCUGGCACAUAACCAACUAUUUGGAAGUUUGCCACCAUCUUUGGCCAGGAUGCAAGCAAUGUCCUGGUUCAUUGUACAUGACAACUAUAUCGAUGGUACCAUCCCGGCAGAGCUGUUUUCAAACUUGACCAACCUCGCGGUAUUCGAUGUAGCCAAAAACUUGUUAGCUGGAAGCAUCCCAUCGCAGAUUGGUAACUGUAAAGAGAUAAUCACUCUCCUCCUUUCAAACAACAACUUUACUGGUUCCAUCCCAGUAGAGAUGGGCAGCUUGCCGAACUUGCAGUUUUUGGUCAUGUCAAAGAAUCACUUUACUGGAGUGAUACCAUCUCAUAUCGGCAAUGCAACAUCUUUGAAAUUCCUUGCCAUCAGAUCCAACCACCUUGACGGAGAGCUUCCUGCAACCAUGUCCGCGCUGAUAAAUCUUGUUGCUCUCAUCUUGUCUGGCAACAAGUUUACGGGUAUCAUACCUAAUAUUGACAACAGGCAGUUGCCGUCUGUCAAGGCGGCCAAAAAUAAAAACAACAGCAGCUUCAUGGGAGAAUUGCCAUCUGCCUUUUGUCAGUUAACACUUUUGCAACUCUUGGAUCUAUCAAACAAUCAGUUGUCUGGUGAGUUUCCUGGUUGCUUUUGGUACUUGAAAGAUUUGCAAUCCUUAGAUUUAUCGAGCAAUGCUUUUGCUGGUGAAAUUCCUACCUCAAGUUGUAAUUCUUCACUAAGGUCCCUGCACCUAUCAGACAACAACUUUACAGAAAGUUUCCUCAACUUAUCCUUCAUGAGGCAGGCACCCACGGUGCAGCCAGGUAUAAAAAUCAUCCUACAAUAUGCCACCUUUGGAUAUAUAUACAGUGGCACUAUGGUCGUAAUUUGGAAAGGACAGGAUUACAUUUUCCGGGGAAGAGAUGCAUUUGUGACAGGUAUUGAUCUCUCUGCCAAUUCUCUUUUUGGUGUUCUACCUCUGGAGUUGACAAAUCUUAGAGGCAUCCAGUUACUAAAUAUGUCAAGAAAUUGUCUAUCUGGUAGUAUUCCGAAGGAUAUCGGCAGCCUAAAGUUUUUAGAAUCUCUUGACCUCUCUUGGAACAAGAUAUCAGGUCCUAUUCCUUCUAGCAUAUCAAACCUGAUAUUCCUCAGUUCCCUUAAUCUCUCGAACAAUCUUCUAUCGGGACGGAUACCUACAGGGAAUCAACUCCAAACAUUGGAUGACCCGUCAAUUUAUAGCAAUAACCUGGGACUUUGUGGCUCUCUAUUGAAUAUUUCAUGUAAACAUGGUUCAAGUCCAACGACCACAUCGGAUGUGGGAAAGGAAUAUCAUGAUGAACUUGAAACCAUGUGGAUGUACUACUCAGUGAUUGCUGGAACAAUAUUUGGUUUCUGGAUAUGGUUUGGCACAUUGUUUUUCUGGAAGCCCUGGAGAUGUGCUUUCUUGAGUUGCAUAGAUGCCAUGCAACAGAAAGUUAUGAGGAAGAUGAAGCAUAUCCGAGAGUAG